UCACGUAUCACAUGUUUCAGAUUUCCGGAGAUGUUUUCAGGGCUUUGGGUUUAAAGAUGAAGAUUCUGAUGACAGUCAUCUUUGGUGGCUUACUCAUUGGGUCUGUAAUCUUACUAUCAUUCCCACACAGCUUCAGCGACCAACUUCUUGAUGCAACAAGCAACGACCAACUUGUUGCUGCAACAAUCAACGGUUCAAGUGAAUCCAAAACACCCCAUGAUAAACUGAUAGGAGGGCUUUUAACAGCUGACUUCGAUGAACCUUCCUGUGUGAGUAGGUAUUAUCAGUCUUCCUUGUACCGCAAGCCAUCUCCAUACAAGCCUUCUGAAUACCUUGUCUCUAAGCUAAGAAGCUAUGAGAAGCUUCACAAGCGCUGCGGUCCAGGCACAGAAGCUUACAAGGAAGCAACAAAGAAUCUUGGUCAUGAUGAUGAUAAUUACGCAAACAAGUCUGUCGGUGAAUGCAAAUACGCUGUGUGGGUUGCGGUCUACGGUCUUGGAAACAGAAUACUAACUCUUGCCUCUGUCUUCCUCUACGCGGUCUUGACAGAGAGAGUCGUUCUCGUUGAUCAAAGCAAAGACAUUAGCGAUCUCUUCUGCGAGCCGUUUCCAGGUACUUCAUGGUUACUCCCUAACGACUUCCCAUUAGUGAAGCAAUUUGAUGGCUACGGCAGAGGAGACUCUCAUUGUUACGGAACAAUGUUGAAUAAUCAUGCCAUCAGCGCAAACUCAACCCCUCGGCAUAUAUAUCUUGAUAUAUUACAUGAUUCAAGGGAUGAAGAUAAGAUGUUCUUCUGCCCAAAGGACCAAACUAUGAUCGAUAAAGUCCCUUGGUUGGUUAUCAAAACCAACGUCUACUUCGUUCCAUCUCUGUGGUUUAGUCCAACGUUCCGACCAGAACUGAUGAAGCUGUUCCCGCAGAAAGAAGCAGUGUUUCAUCACUUGGCUAGGUAUCUUUUUCACCCGACGAAUCAAGUUUGGGGUAUGGUCACUAGGUAUUACAAAGCUCACUUAGCCAGAGCAGACGAGAAACUCGGGAUUCAAAUACGUGUUUUCGAUGAUAACGCAGGCUAUUUCCAACACGUCAUGGAUCAAAUCUUGUCUUGCACGCAAAGAGAGAAACUGUUACCUCAAGUCGUUACACAAGAAGAGUCAAAAGUCAACGCAUCGACAAACCAGAAACUCAAGGCUGUUCUCGUCACAUCUCUGUAUCCAGAGUACGCUGACCGCUUAAAAAGCAUGUUUUGGGAGCGACCUAGUUCGACAGGAGAGAUCAUCGAAGUUUAUCAGCCAAGUGGGGAAAGAGUUCAACAAACGGACACGAAGAUUCACGACCAAAAGGCCCUCGCGGAGAUGUAUCUUCUGAGUUUAACGGAUAACAUUGUCACGAGCGCAAGGUCCACGUUCGGGUAUGUUGCUCAUAGUCUUGGAGGGUUAAAGCCAUGGUUACUCUAUCAGCCAAAGGAUUUCAAAGCUCCUGAUCCUCCGUGUAUUCGGUCCACGUCUAUUGACCCUUGUCACCUUACUCCUCCUUCUCAUGGAUGUGAUGCUGAUUGGGGAACAUACUCGGGGAAGGUUGUUCCCUUUGUAAGGGAGUGUGAGGAUCGUGAGCAUGAUGGGAUUAAGCUAUUUGAUGAGUUGUAAUAGUUCUUGUUUUAUCUUAGUUGAUUUUAUCGGACUAUCGGGUUAAUGAAACACAGGAUCAAGUUUAUUUUUCUUUUGAUCUUCCUCUAUAGUAAUGUUUCAUGUGCUUAAGAGAAGAUCUUACAGUUUAGAGUUUACAAGUGUUUCCUCUGUAUUAAUAAUAUGUUAAGGCGUAUAACUAAUUUGGGAAAAUCGCUUAAAAAACCAUGAAGUCGGCAAAAGUUAGUACUUUAAAAUUUGGAGUUCAGCUUCUAACCCUUUAAACACUGAAACUUGUUUCAAUAACAUAUUAAAUAUCAAAACUAAUUUAUUUGUUGCACACGUCAAAUUAUGACCGGUUACUGUUCAUUAGCAGGCAAAACCGGUGACGUGGCGGUUUACUUUUUAAAUUUCUUUAAAAAAAUAUUUUAACUAAGAAAGCAAAUAAAAUUAUAUAAAAAUUCAAUAUAAAUUCUAAAAAUUGAUAGUAAUUCAUUAAAAAAUCAGGAAAAAUAAAAUAAAAUUCAAAAAUACUAAAAAGAAUAAAAAUAAAUUUAUAAAUUCAACAAAAUAUAAUAAAAUUAAUUUUUUUUUAAUAAAAAUCGAUAAAAAUAGGAAAAACAAGAAAUUUUUAAUAAAAUCUGGAAAAAAAAUUCAAAAGUUCAAAUAUUAAAUAAUUUAGUUGUCACAAAAUUUUUUUUGAUUGUUUGUUUAUUUGAGAUUUGGUUCUUCCAUUCGUUUUACUAAAAAAACUAGAUGAUAACAUGCGCUCUCUGCGGGGUGUAUUUUUUAAAAACAUAUUGUACUUAAAUAUGUUAAAUAAUAUACAUUUUGUCAUCAAUAACUUUUUUUACAUUUGAUUAGAGGUGGGCAUUCGAGUACCUUUUGGUUUGGUUCGGUUCGGAUCCUUGCGGGUUUGGUUCAGUUCAGAUCUUUGCGGGCUUGGUUCGGGUUUGAGUUUGAGUUCGUUUAACCUAUUUAUUU